UCCCUAUUCUCAGCGUUUAACAACCCUCGUGGUGUGUUGUGCGCGUUUGUGAGUUUCGCCGGUUCGCAAAUUCUCAGAGAGUCCUUUCGACUGCUAAUUGCCUUCGAGUUCAACAGUUGCGCGUGCGAAAUGGCGGACAAGUUCAAGAAAAUGGCCGAUCAGAUGUCUCAUGGUGGCGGAACGCCGAGAAGCCUGAAACUUCUUGCUGCUGCCGGCGGUCUCGCGUACGGAUUGAGUCAAUCCGUGUAUACAGUUGAAGGUGGUCAUCGCGCGAUCAUCUUCUCAAGAGUCGGAGGUGUGAAAGAUGAGAUCUACCCUGAGGGACUUCAUUUCCGAAUCCCAUGGAUUCAGUAUCCGAUAAUCUACGAUAUCCGUAGUAAGCCGAGAAAGAUCUCGUCCCCGACCGGAUCGAAGGACUUGCAAAUGGUGAACAUCGGUCUCCGUGUUCUGUCCCGACCCGAUGCUUCAAGCCUACCCACGAUGUACCGUACACUGGGUCAAGACUAUGAUGAGCGGGUGCUCCCCUCAAUCUGUAACGAAGUUCUGAAGUCGGUGGUGGCCAAGUUCAACGCCUCUCAGCUCAUCACGAUGAGACAGCAGGUUUCGAUGCUGAUCCGCAAGGAGUUGACGGAACGCGCUCGCGAUUUCAACAUCAUUCUCGACGACGCUGCCAUCACGGAGCUAUCGUUCGGCCGGGAGUACACAGCUGCUGUCGAAGCGAAACAAGUAGCGCAGCAAGACGCCCAGAGAGCGGCUUUCACCGUCGAACAGGCUAAACAGGAACGUCAGCAGAAGAUCGUCCACGCUGAAGGAGAAGCCGCCGCUGCCAAACUCAUCGGUGAAGCUAUCACGACGAAUCCGGGCUACUUGCAGCUGAGGAAGUUCCGAGCUGCACAAAGUAUCGCUAAGACAAUCUCCCAGAGCCAGAACCGUGUUUACCUCGACGCUCAGGCUUUGAUGCUGAACAUCUCCGGAGAUAACUUUGAUCUUAAGAAGGUCGGGAGGAAGUGAGCGAUCGGGGAGAUUCCCAAGGAGCGCUCGACACAACCGAAAGUGUCCCGAUCCGGGGUCUCGCAAAGCACUCUGGAUUUUAGGUUUCCUGAUUCAUUCAAGUCUGGCCUUAGCGUAGUGCUCUGCUACCCCUUAGAUGUAGGAUUUGUAUGAAUGGCGAAUAAAUGCUUUUGAUAUAUAACUUAA